AAACAACUAUAUUGUACCAGUUGUUACUUGGUGAAGCUGUUCAUACUCGGCCAACCAUUGGCUCCAAUGUGGAAGAGGUUGUGUGGCGCAAUUUACGCUUUGUCAUGUGGGAUCUCGGAGGCCAGCAGAGUCUCCGAUCUGCUUGGAACACCUAUUACACAAAUAGUGAGUUUGUGAUAAUGGUGAUAGAUUCAACAGACCGUCAACGUUUGAACAUAAGUAGAGAGGAGCUUCAUCGAAUGCUAACCCAUGAAGAGCUCAGCAAAGCCUGCUUGUUAGUUUUCGCAAAUAAACAGGAUGUGAAAGGCUCGAUGACUGCGGCUGAAAUAUCUGAACAAUUAGCUUUGACCUCCAUCAAACAGCAUCCAUGGCAUAUACAGGCUUGCUGUGCGCUCACGGGGGAAGGAUUGCACCUCGGAUUGGAAUGGAUCGCCAGCAGAAUAAAGAAGAAAUAAUGUGUCUCGUGAUAUUUUGUUACUUUUCUUUUUGCAAUGAAUCAAAUUUAAAUCCUAACCUAUUUUUUAAAUAACGUUAAUAAUGCAUCACAAGUGUGGAAAUAAAUAUCGAAUGAAAUGUAUACUAAUUUUUAAUAUUUUAAUUUUUAUUUAAAUUACAAUACAAUGAAAUAACUUGUA